AUGGCGACAAAACGGCGCGCUGGAAAAGAAAUCAACAGAAACCAGUCGAUGUUACUUGUAGUUGUUACUGGCGCUACAAACGGCACAGAAGAUUCCGUCACAAACGUUGCUGUCCAUAAGGAAACAUUACAGUCACAUUUAACACAGCACGACUCCAGUUUAAUUGUUGACGGCAAUACAGAUCAGUAUGUGGCAAAUGGUUCUUGUAUCAAUAUUGAGAAGAAAGGAAAUUCCUGGUGGCAGGUGGAUCUUGGUGACAUUUACACCAUUUUUCGUAUCAGGUAUGUUCCUGCUGUUACACCCUGGUGUUACACCACUGAUCCUAAUGUAACAGCCGAAUACUGUGAUGUUGAGGAAUGUGAAACAGUCACAACAGAUGAUCUAAAUCUAAAGACAGGAACUCGAGUAAAGACCUUGGAAAUCCCUGAUUAUAUAGAAAUUGCUGACCCUGAACAGCAUAUUCGGGAUUUUAUUAUGCCGAGUAACAGUCAAGCUAGAUACGUGGAGUUUCACCAAGAUGGUACCGCAGACUAUUACCCUCUAUGUGAGGUGGAAGUUUAUGGAGUAAAAGAUGACGUUACCAACGUUGCCCUUCGAAAAACUGCACACAUAUCGACAGUAAAUCCAGAAAAUCUCUUUGACCAGAGCCUAGCCAUCGACGGUAUUCCUGAUCAAGAUAUGCUCGAAGGGGGUUCGUGUUUCAACACUGCAGAAGAGGACAACCCUUGGUGGCGAGUUGACCUCGCUGACAUAUUUAUGAUAUUUCUGGUGAGACUAUACAAUCGACUUGAUUGUUGCAGUGAUCUAGCGCAUGAUGUUCAGUUACGAGUAGGAACCUCACUAGACACAAUGAUCGACGCAGCCUUAAUAAAAGGUCAGAUAGAUAACAUUCAAAAUAUCAUUCUUGGCAUGAACACAGAAGCAAGGUUUGUAGAACUGGUACGAAAUGGAUGGGGAGUCUUUCACUUAUGCGAAGUUGAAGUUUUUGGAAGGAUAGGCACGUAUAAUGUUGCUGUUGGGAAACAAAUUGAGGCGUCAAGUAUUUACCAUAGGAGCUGGCUGGCCAGUAAUGCUAUAGACGGAGAUACAAAUCAAGAUGUUAAGUUUGGAGCCACCUGUGUGUCCACACAGAAAGAAAUAAAGCCCUACUUGAUGUUAGAUCUUGGCGAUGAAUACAAUAUUACUGGUGUCAAUAUUUACAGAAGACUGGACUGUUGUCGUAAGAAAACAUAA